GUCUUUAUUUUUUGUGUUUCCCUUUUUUUAUUAAUUUUUUUCUGAUUAUACAUACAUAUUAACUUUUUAAAUACACAUUUAUGAAUCAUAUUGGGAGAGAAAAAUCAGAACAAAAAGGAAAAACUACAGGAGGAAAAAAAACACACAAAAAAGAAAAGAACAUAGUAUAUAUUGAUUAAUAUUCAAUCUCCAUAGUUAUCUUUCUGGAUGCAGAUGACAUUUUCUGUCCAAAGUUUAUUGGGACUGCCUUGGAUCACUGAACCACUGAGAAGAAUCAAGUCUUUCAUAGUUGAUUAUUACACAAUCUUGCUGUUACUGUGUACAAUAUAUUUCUGGUUCUUCUUGUUUUGCUCAGGAUCAGUUCAUAUAAAUCUUUCCAGACCUUUCUAAAAUCAGCUUGUCCAUCAUUUUUUUAUGGAACAAUAAUAUUCCAUUAUCUUCAUAUACUACAAUUUAUUCAACCAUUCCCAAUUGAUGGGCAAGUGUGAAGUCCGAGCUAGCUCCCUGGAGGUCUCAGGAACAGCUGGAGUCAGGAUAAGCCAAAGUCCUUGGUCUUCAUGGGGAGAAGUGAAGGAGGCAGAUAAACUGCCACAAGGUUGCCACUAACCUCCCUUCUCCUGGUCCUGCUGCCAAGUGAAGUUCUCUCACCUCUCUCACUCCAACCCCCUAAUCCCUAUCUACAAUUCACUUAACCCCAAACAUUGAGCCAGCAUUAACUGAGAGAAGAGCAAUUCCAAACAUAUGCUAAUAGAGUCAUUGUCCAAUAGAUAAUUAGCCUUAAGUGCUUGGUUGUUUGAUUCAAGUGCACCUCUUCAGAGUUUCAGCUCUUUACAAGCAUUACUCAUUUUCCAGUUCUUUGCUACCACAAAAAGAACUGCUACAAACAUUUUUGCAUAUGAGGAUCCUUUUCUCUCCUUUAUGAUUCCCUCAGGAUACAGACACACUAUUGGUACUGCUGAGUCAAAGGAUUUGCACAGUUUUAAAGCCCUUUGGGUAUAGUUCCAAAUUGCUCUCCAAAAUGGUUGGUUGCAUUAGUUCACAACUCCACCAACAAUGCAUUAGUGUUCCAAUUUUCCCACAUCCCUUCAACAUUUAUCACUAUCUCUUUGCUUUUAGUCUUUGGAGCCAACAAUAAUAGCUAGAAUUUAUAUAGCACUUUUAAGGCUUAUAAUAUAUUUUACAAGUGUUUAUUGUUAUUGUUUGUCUUUCAUUUUUCGAAGAGGAUCAAUGACAUCACAGGAGAUGCUUUGACUUUGAAGUGAAUUGGAUUUAAGUGAGGCAGAGUUGGACAAAGUUGUUAGCCUCCCUCUUUCUUGAAGUUAUUUGAAGGCCAGUAGCAGGACAAAAGUCAAGAUGACUAGGGCUGGCCCAGGAUACAGUGGAUGACCUUGGCACUGAUGCCUGAUUAAACUCUAAAUACUCCACAGUGCCUGCUUUUGCCACCUUCAAGGCAGUUCGAACAAAUUGUUCUCAUCUGACUAUUCCAGUUGGGAAAGAUCCUUACAAUAUCCCUAUGAAGUAGUUGUUAUUAUUCUUCUCAUUUUACUGAUAAGAAAACUGAGGCUGAGAGACAUUAAGUGAUUUACUUAAGGUCACAGAGUUAGGGAGUAUAUGAGAUCAUAGAUGAACUCAUCUUCCAGACUAUAGUGCUAACUGUUCCAAGGUGACUCCUCUCCUCCACACAUCACUGUUAUGCUUCUUUUUGUUUGUGUCUUCCCCGGUUAAUAUUGUAAACUCCUUGAAGGCACGGGACUAUCUUUUGCUAUAACCCAAAGCUAAGCAAUGGGCCUGGUAUACAGUAGGUGCUUAAUAAAUGUUUAUUGAUAGCUAGGUAGUACAAUGGAUAGAAUGCUACCUCUGGAGUCCAGGGAAACCAACAUUCAAAUAUGGCCUCAAGCAUUUGCAAGCUGUGUAAUUCUGGGCAAGUCAUUUGAUUUGCCUCAAUUUCCUCAUCUUUAAAAUGGGGUUAAUGGCAUUUACUUACCAGGGUUGUUAUGAGCUCAAAUCAAAAAAAAAAAAAAAAAUUAAAGCUUUUUAUUUUCAAAAUAUAUGUAUAGUUUUCAGCAUUCACCUUUUCAAAACCUUGUGUUCCAAAUAUUUUUCUUCCUCCCUUCUCCCCAUCCCCACCCUUAGACAGCAAGUAAUCUCUGAAUCAUCCUGCUGAUCAUUUCUUACAGAACAAUAAUAUUUCAUAACAUUCAUAUACCACAAUUUAUUCAGCCAUUCCCCAAGUGAUGGCAUCCACUCAGUUUCCAUCGAAACAUCCACUACAAAAAGGGCUGCCACAAACAUUUUUGCACAUGUGGGUCCCUUUCCCUCCUUUAAGAUCUCUUUGGGAUACAGGCCCAGUAAAGACACUGCUAGAUCAAAGGGUAUGCACAGUUGAUGGCUUUUUUGGUCAAAUGAAAUAAUUGCAAAGCACUUAGCAUAAUGCCUGGCAUAUGGUACAAGCCUACAUAUUAACUAUAAGUGAUAGAAAAGGAGAAAGCAGUUCUGUUUUGAAAGGAGAUUACUUUCUAAAGGAAGAAGACUAUAUAAAAAGAAGAAAAGGGGGACUAGAGCAGAGAGUGGUAAAGAGAAGUGAGUGCAGCUAGGAGAUGUGACACAGGUUUGGCCCUUCUUAAAUGGAGGUUCUUGAAGGAGCAUUCCAACCCAAGGGAGAGGCCUGAAGAAGCAAGUAAACAUUCCAGGAUUGGAUGGAGCUUCCAAUGGAGAGGUGUAGCUAGGUAGAAAAAAGUCCUCCAAUAGCCUUACUCUUAGGUGACUGCUACUGUGGCUCUUUGUGUUAAAGUAGUAGAGUAACCUAGAGCCAAGAUUGCAUCACAUUUACAUCAAUCUUAAGUUCUACCACUUUAUCAAGAGGUUCCCAUACAUGCUAGUAUUUCAAGAUGACAAGUUUAUAGGAAACACAAUACUUAUUCCUGAUCUCAAUUUUUCUUAUUUUACGGAAUUGUUUUGAGUCUCAAGAUAAUUUAUGCCUCUGCAAAUUUUCAAGUGUUAUAUAUCAAUUAUCAUCAUUGGUUAUUAGGUAGGAUGUGUAUUCUGCAAAAAUGGCCCUAAAUCUUUUGGUUUGAUGAUUGCUGGACUGCGAAACCUCUAAGAUCCCUUUCAGCUCUUAUUCUGAGCCAAUGAGCAUAAUAUAUUGUCUAGAUAUGAGUACUAACCCUUACAUUAUGGUUACCUUUUUUUAUAUAAGAUUGGGAUUUGAACUAGUACCAUUUGUUACAGAAUCAUUUUGAAGAGCUGAUAAUAUAAAGAUUUGUAACCAAAAAUCUUCAUUUAAGUGAAUUACUGCUGUUGCUGCCACUUGGUCCCAGGACUCUUUCCCGUAGAUAAAUACGUUUUCCCGGGCCUAUCAUUCCCCACUUUUUUACACAAGAUUAAUAAAGAAAAUAAGUUAUAUUUGUAUAACACUUUAUGCUUUAAAACUUACUGGUUUUUGAACCGCUACCUAAAUACCUUGCGAAAUAUUUUAUCCCCAUUUUAUAGAUGAGGAAACAGGCCUAAGAAAGUAAGGGACGUGCCAAAAAGUCACAAAACAAAGUUGGCGCAGAGAGCCAAGGACACCGGGAGGUGCCCCGCGCAGGCGGGAGGUGGAGCUCCCGGAACCCGCUUUGGGCCGCACCUGGGCGGCCCGACUCCUCCUUUCACACUCUUCGCAGGCUUCCAGGUGGAGACAACUGGUUCAGUUUCCUGAGCCUGGGCUUGCAAAUGGAGGUGGAGCCUUAGAGGAGAUGGGGGGAGGGAAGGCCCUGGACAAAGAGAGUCCUGCUGGAGCCUGCACUUGACGAUAGCCCAAGAGAAAAAGAUCAGAGAUCAGCUCCUCCAGGGAGAUACGGUCGAGCGUAGACCAGACAAGGUCUCAGGUCCCGCGGGCCCCCGUUUACCGGCGAGAACAAGAUUCAGCCUUUUCCCUAGGGGUCGCGGGAAGUCAACUCUGCUUGGCCAGUAAUUCUCAGGGGUGCCUCCCAGAAAGUGCUUCUUGUACUUCUCAGGCGCAGGUCCUCACGUCCAAGCCUUCUCCGACUCUCCUCGGCUGGUCUCCAAGCCCCUCCCCCCGCCCCGGCUUUCCCCUGUCCCUCCCUCCUAAGUACUUCUCUCCUUUGUUGCCCGGGCUUGUUUCUAACUUGAGAAGGUCUCGGGGCCUCGCCGCCAGGUCACGUGCGUUGGUGACAGCCUCUCCCUAGGCGGCCGCGCGGUCGCUUCUCUUCUUAUUGGCCGCUGGGCCCGGAGGGCGGCUCCAAGGGAGGAGCCGGGGGCGGGGCGGCCCAUCAGCUGUUCCGUGAGCUCUACAACAACAAAAGGACUGGAGGCAGCGGUGCUGCGAUUCAGCAGCUCAGCAGCUCGGGCCGGUGCGGCAGCAGCAGCGGCAGCGCUAGGAGAGAGGACGAGAACUGAGAGCAGGACGCCGCUCGCUGCCCCCCCGCUAGGCUCUUCGCCGCUACCUCAGCCGCCCGGGGUGUUCCGAACCGUGCCCCACUAGCUGCUCAGUCCCCGAGGCCAGACUGAGGAUAAUGAUUCUUCAUACUCCAUAUCUUUCUUAAAUAAGAAUUUAUGCACUUUAAUUUCCUGUCGUGCCAUUGGGUUUAUCGAAGACACCGUUUUUGAAAUCGCAGCUACAGAACUAGCCAAAGUUUCAUUCUUGCCUUAACAAUGUUCCAGAGAUUGAAUAGUAUGUUUGUGGGUGAAAUCAAGACCUCUAGCAAAGAACCAGAAUUUAGUGAAAAAGAUGAUGAUGAAUGGAUUCUUGUUGACUUUAUAGACACUAAUUUUUCAACAGAAGUCGAAGAGGAAGACAUCAGUGAAGAAUCUCCUACUGAUCAUCCUCCAGUUUUUUCUUGUUUACCAGCUUCCCUGGAAUGUUUAGCUGAUACUAGUGAAUCUUGCUACGUCCAAUUUGAGGCCUGUCCAAUGGAGGAGAGUUGGUUUAUUACCCCUCCCCCAUGCUUUACUGCAGGUGGAUUAACCACUAUCAAGGUGGAAACCAGUCCUUUGGAAAACCUUCUAAUAGAACAUCCCAGCAUGUCUGUUUAUAAUUCCUCCAGGAAUCUUAAUGAGGGUAGCUGUGAGACCGAAUUUCAUAAUCCAAGCAGUCCUAGAAUGGAAAUACGGAAUGAAGUGGGGCAACAUGUUCACUGCUAUGUUGCAGCUCUUGCUGCUCAUUCAACUUUUCUCGAACAAACCAAGAGCUUUCGUCCCACCCCGUGGAUAAAAGAACAUGGUGAAAGACAUUCUCUGAACAGAAAUAACCUCCGUCGCCAAAAUCUUACCAGGGAUUGCCACUCUCGGCAAAUCAAGCACAAUGGGUGGGUUGUUCACCAGCCUUGCCAGCGUCAGUAUAAUUACUGAGAAUUCCAAGUCUUAAUCAUAUCAAUUUGUUGGUAUAUUGCUCUUGGUUUUAUGUGUGAGUGUGGGUGAGUGUGAUGUGUGUACAUACACUCAAAUAACGAAGGUGUGUAUUUGCAGCUUGACUGAUGAUCAAUCAUUUAAAUAGAAUUGUUUUUCUAGAUAAUUUUUUUUAAAAAAAUUACAUUCUGUAUGUCACACAAUGCCUUGCUCUUAAGAGUUAACUUUUUCCUAAAUUUUUUUCAGAAUGUUUUAGAAACAGUACAAUUGCAGUGUUUUGUAUUUUGAGAAUAUCUGAUGACUCAACUAAGUUAUGUGAAUUAGUUGGCAUUUUAAAGAAAUUUCUUACUGAGUGAUGGAAUAGUCAGGUUUCAGCUGAAUUUCUUUUCUUUUUCUUUCUUUUUUGUAUUAAACAAAAGUUUGAGUAAACAGAAUUUCUCAGGGUCAGCCAUACACUUUAAUGACCAGUACUUGAUAAUCUUUUCUGUAUAUAAUGAACUUUUUUUUUUAAACCACACUAAUAAGCAUGAAAAGGCAAUGGUUGCCAUGGACAUAAUGGAAUCAUGGCUGGACUUUUCUAUUGAAAGAGAACUUGAUAUUAUACUAUUUUCUCAUAUAGUUCAUUUUGAUGUCAGGUACAUUUAGUUAAUAGAUCGGAGUUAGCUAUCUUUCUGAUUAUUAUAAUGAUGUGGUACAAAUAUUGCAGGUUAUGGGACAGAAAUACUGUUUCAUUUAGUAAAAUUUAAGGCAGAUAUGUGGUUUAUACUUAGAAGUGUUCAUUUUGUGUAAAGAUGCUCAUUUGUUCCAGUGUUUAGAUUACUUAAGAGAUCAUCUUUUUGCCUAUUGAUUAGUCAUUAUAAUUGUGUACAAUUUAAUACAGCCUCUUCACUUUUACACAAUGAGAAGCUAAAGUCUUUAUUUCUAACCCAGGAACAGGUUUUAAAAGCCUGUGCUGAUAAUGUGGUGUGGUAUGCAUGGUUUGACCCUUGACAAACAUUGCUUCCAGACUAAGAUUGUCUUGAAUGAAAAUUAGUAGCUGGAGUUUUAUUGUUUUGUUUUUUGGGGGGAGGAGUUUCUUGCUCUAUGGGCUAAUUUUUCUGUUUUGGGAAAAAUCUACCCUGUUCUGUUUUCCUCAUUCAAUAAGGGGAAUAAGAAUAGCUACCUCACAGGGAUGUUGUGAGGAUUGUAAAUGUUUGGAGUUAGAAGAUUUCUAGAACUGGACUUCAUAUAAUUCCAAGGGACUCUGUCUACUGAAUUGGUUGUUAUUUGGCUAAGUAUCUGCCCAGGGCUGUUUGGUUAGUUCAAGAGAGCAUGGUGCUAAUGAAGACCAAGCUCUGAUUUAAUUUCCUUCAGGACAAUUAAUAAGUUUCACAAGAGAAAACGUGACAGAUUUACCAUUAAUCUAUAGCUAGCCACUUUACAAUUUUUAAAGAUAGUAUUUAGUGAUGACUUAACUGGAGCUGUUCACACUACAAAUUCCCAGUUCCUUAUAUGACCCAAAGACACAUAAUUAGAACCCAAAAGCCCAUUUUCUACUAAGAUUAGAAGAAUAGCACCAGGCUGAUAAUUUAUCCUACUACAAUCCAGUCCUGACUAAAUAGUAAAUGCAUGUUAAGAUGCUUUCAGAAGGAAAGGCAUUAUAAUCAUGCAGAGUAUUAUUUUACAUGGCUCUGUCUUGACUUCAGAUGCCAGGAACUAUGGGAAUCUUUUCUUCCCCUUUUAAGUGGGAAAAGCUGUGUUGAAUAGCACGGGGUGAUUGUGAUUCAACAAGGUCAAAUGGUUAGUGUGUUUAAAUGCUUAAAAUAGUUUGUUCUUCCAAUAGCAUUAAGAAAGUGUCAUUUUCAGAACAGGGGAUUUGUCUACUUUUCAUGGCCUUCCCCAUUAUUUAUUUUUUCUGAUUAGGGGCCAAGUCCACAAAGCUCUGUCAAACUGGGCAAGUAUUUUGUUAAAAACUGUUUGUGUUUACAUGGGAGAAGAAUGAUUUAGAAACUGUUUGCUGAUAGGGCAGUACAGUUGGAUAACUUGAAAAUAAUAUGACUAAAUGACUUCUUGUAAAGCUUCUGAGUAUUGAGAAGGAAGAUUUAUACAUAGGUUACAUGAAGUGCUGGUACCUCAAACUAGAUCUGACAUUCAGUUGUGAAAAUUUGCUAUGGCCACAUGAACAGAUUAGUAUAGAAGAUUAUUGUAUUUCUUUUCUAGAGGGCUAUUAAUUCACUCAGUUUUGUUAGUUACUGCCUAACAGCUAGUUUUGUAAGCUUAAAAUUCUUUUUUUCAAAAACUGUUGGAAUUGUAUGGAGUGAGAGUUAUGUGUACUAUAAGCAUGCUGUGGUAUUUAUGUUGGCAUCAAAAUUUCCCAUUUAAAAUGUAGUUAAUUCUUGAUUAUUCAAGGUGCAAGGCCAGUAGCCUCGUUGGAAAUGUGAAUCUGAUGUAAAAUAAAACAUGGCCAAAGAGAUAAGAUUUUAAAGUUUAUUAAUAAAUGUUAGUGGUCUGAAUGAAAUCACUUAAUCUAUGCUCCAUGAAAUUCAUAUAAGGAGAAAUAAUACCCCUUUUAAAAUUUCUUCAACUUUUUUCACUGUUGGCAGUUUUUGUUAAUAUCAUUUAGGUAGACAUCACAUUCUGUACUUCAUAUAGUCUUAUUACUGUGCUAUAAACUGAAAUUAAUUAUCCAUGAUUUAUCUUCCAUAUGAAUGCAUUAUUCAUUUUAAGUUUGGUUUGUUUAGUAUUUUUGCAGUUCUAAAAGUGGUUCAAUCCAAAAAUUUUCUGCUAUGGGGAAUUCUUGUUAUUGUCCCUGACUUGAUUCAUGCUACAUGCUUUGUUUAUAUACUCUUCUGUCAUCAUUCUGUCCCAGCCCUACGCUAACUUUUCUAGUGGAGAACAGUAUAUUUGCCUGAUAAACCUUUUGCAAGUUUUGCUUAUUUUAUGCUUUCAAAGUAAAAUCAUACUUUUCUUGAUUUCCUUUAGCAGGAAAAGAGCAAGGAAGAAUAUAGCCUAAAUUCUUACUUUCUUAGAGUUGGAAAAGACAAAAAUGAAGGAAGAUUGAAUUUGUUCACUUUAAAUUAGAGCUGUAAAUUAUCAUUUUAAAUAAUGAGAUUGAAUAGUGAAAUGAAAAGAACUUACAAGUCUUGGGGCUUUUACUUUUACUAAAGAAAGUUUGAGACUGCUCCUUUCUUUUGGAGAUACUAAUCUGUUUGGUGGUUUGUGUUUGUUUUAGUAAUGUUAUUACAGUUUUUAAAGGUCUGUUCUUACUAAUUCUUGUAGAACUGGGCCUACAGAAUUGAAGAUCUUUGUCAGUAGUCAAGUUAGAUAGGGUGAUUUCAUCCAUUUCCAUAUGUGUGUUUGAAAUGUUAUUUAAAUUUUUUUAUCUAGAAAAAGUCAAUUUUUGUGGUUUAGCUUUGUCAUAUACCAGUUUUCUUAAAACUGUCCAAGUUUAAGCAGUUUGAAAACUUAGGUAGGAGGAUAUCUGUUUUAAUACCUUUAUUUUGGGAGAAGUUACUUUCAGAAAAGGCAGCUUCAGUGCAAGAUGAUAUAUAUGGUUGCAUAUCAUUGGGGAUUCUUUUAAUAUAUAUGAUGGAAUUUUUGUUGUUGUUUUGGAUUUAAACCUAAAUGUUACGCUCCACAUAACAAUACUUUGUAUUUUGUCUGGGAUUUUUUUUUCUGUUUACAAAUUGAGUCACUAGUGGAAAGGCUGGAGUAUAUGAAGGGAGUCUGCUGUCUCACCUUUGAUUUGUUUUCCUCAGAGGUUCUGAACUUUAUGUUUAUAUGUUACAUAUAAAGUAAAAGAAAUGGCUUUGAUUUAAUAUUGUGAACAUGUUGAUCCCUUUCCCCUUAACCCCCAAGGUAAUACAUUUUGUAACUAGAUUAAAUAGUAUUGUCAAUUGGACUAUGUGCCUUGUAAAUGUGUUUCUAUACACAGAAAAAUUUGAACAACUUGAAAGACUCGAGGACAUUCAGUUAGGAGAAAUACUGUACAUCAAUCUAUGCAUAAAUGGCAGCUUAUUUCUUGAGCCACUCACUGUCUAGUUUGUUUUUGUAGAAAAUUUGAUAUCGAUUGGUUCACAGAGGAAUGGUUGGUUUAACAAAACAGAAUGAAUAAUACAAUACAGCACUUUGCCAAAAAACAAGUGUAGCAUUGCUUAAACAUGUGUACCAAUACCAGUUUUUGUAUGGGGGGAGGGGUCCUGGUGCAUUUUGCACUUCUUGAAAAUGUACUGGUCUUUACCUGUCAGCAAAUAAAUGUCUUUUGCUUCAAAA